AUGGGAAAAUCAGGUAAACACCGUUCAAAAAAAUCAACGAAAAAUGAUUAUAAGCGUUUAGAAAGGGAAGUGGAACGUCUGAGAAGAAGAAUAAAUGGACGAAAACGUCCAUCUUCGUCAUCGGAGUCAGAUUAUUCGGGCAGCUGUCCGUCUGCAAAAUUGAGAAGAGCGUCAUGUAGUUCGGAGCAUUCUUCUCAUUCUGAAUCGAGAGGACAAAUACACAAUCGACAGAAUAGAGUUCGUUCACGUUCCCGUUCCUGUUCCGCAUCAGUUCGAGUCGCAUCUCACAGUGCUGGUCAACCAGACAAAGAGGUUAGAAAUGACAAAGAAGACCAGUCCAAACAAACUAACGCUUCCGUUUCAAAAAAGCUGGAUAUUCUUGGAGAGAAUCCUUCUUCUAAUGAACAAAAAGAAAUUAAAUUACAUCCGGACCUCGUGGCUAGAUGGAAACAUUGGAUGUCUUCUGGAAUAACCGAAUCAGUUAAAGACGAUUUAUUAAAAAAUUAUCCUAGAAAAGGAGACUGCUUAUUAGAGCCUCCUCAAUUAAAUCCCGAAAUAAAAACUCCAAUGACUGAUGUUGCAAAAAAGAGGGAUGAUCAUUUCCAAGAUUUGCAACGCUUGGUCGGUUCUGCUUUGUCCUCAGUUGGACUUGCGAUUUCAGAUUUGCUCGGAGAAGAGGAAUUCGAUCCUUUUAAACAGUUACAACUACUUUCUGAUGCGGGAAAACUUCUCACAGAGAUGUUUCAUUCAAUUUCAGUGGCCAGGCGUGCCUUUAUUACUCCUGGAUACACAAAAGUAGUACGAGAUAUAUUGGAGAGUGCAACAGAUAAUCCAGCUUUUCUUUUCGGCGAUAAAUUAAACGAAAAAGUAACGGAAGCGAAAACUUUCGAAAAACUGGGCAGAGAUAUGAAAGGCAUACAAGGAAAUAAAAAUAAUUCUUCGAGGCAGCCUUUAAACUCCAGGAGCUCAUCCCUGAGGAAACCCGAGACUUCGCGGAUGAGCAGGGGAUACUCAUCUCGAAUGAACCAUCCGGAUUACAAGAGAUCCAAGUCAACAGCGGCACCAACAUCGCGACGUCAUCAAGCCACUUCGAAUUACCCGAAGUUCCUGAAACCUGCAACGCGUCAGAAACAAUAGAGAACUCGAGCGCAUCCACUAGCCAAAACGCUUUCCCUGGCUGCAGGGCUCUUGUCAGGGAAAGUUACGCAAGAAGGCAGCUUCCGGAAAACACUAUAGACGUUCUAUUAGCAUCUUUAAGUGACUCUACAUUUAAAC